UGGAUGUAUACCAUGAUAGUUAGACCAAUAGUCACCUAUGGAGCAGUGGCUUGGGCCCCGAGAACCACCCUCACCACGGUGAGGCAAUCCCUCACCAAGCUUCAAUGACUGGCAUGUGUAUGCAUUACGGGGGCAAUGCGCACAUGUCCGACGGCAGCGCUGGAGGCGAUUCUCGAGCUCGAGCCGCUGCACCUUACCAUAGAACAGGCUGCAAAGCGAACUCUACUAAAUUUCGCGAGGGAAGGCUUUGGCAGGGGCAGAACCAUAUCAUUAAGGAACAGAGACAAGCUCGGCUCCCAAGUUCCGCUUGCUUUACUCCCCAGAGACGACAGGCCUAAGGUGGUUAACUUUGACAGGAAUUUCAAAAUAGAGCUUUGCACCAAGGCGACCUGGAGCUCCUCUCUCAUGGAGAGGCUGAUCCAAUCGAGCUCGUUGCAAUGGUACACAGACGGCUCGAAGACUCCGGAAGGCAUUGGGGCUGGCGUCUACGGGCCGAGGCUACAGCUCUCGGUACCUAUGGGGGCAUACCCGAGUAUCUUCCAGGCGGAGGUCUAUGCCAUCAGUCUGUGUGCAGAGAUUAACCUACGUAGGAACUAUCGUAAUGAGAGAAUUUUAAUAUUGAGUGACAGCCAGGCGGCACUCAAGGCCAAUUCAUCCUGA